UAGAGGCGAAGAAAGUAUAAUAAAGAGAGAGAGAGAGAGGUUCACGUUUCUUCCUCAUCACAGCAGAAGAAGAACAAGCAACAAUUGAAGAAGAAAAGCACCAAGAUUUUAGAUUCUUCUCCUCCUUGCGAUGUCGAGGUCUGCCGAGUGUUGGGAGUUUUCCGGCGAGAGGAAGAGGUUGCUCGAGAAGAAGCCGAGCUUCUCGCAGACAUGUAGUCGGUUGAGUCGGUAUCUGAAGGAGAAGGGUAGCUUCGGAGAUCUGAGCUUGGGGAUGACUUGCAAUGUUGCAGGAGUUUUUGGUGUGACACGUCAGCAGCCGACGAUGAUGAAUCUCUUCCCUGUUGAAGAUUCUUCGGACGUAAAACAGAAGAACGAUGUGUUUCCUCGGCAAUCAAGCUUCUCUUCCUCCUCUUCCUCUGGAGCCAAGGAAGAAGUUGAGAAGAUCACAGAGAAUGAAUCAGUGAAGGUGGAGUCUCAAUCUUCUGCUCCGUUGACUAUAUUCUACGGUGGUCAAGUUAUGGUGUUUGAUGAUUUUCCUGCUGAGAAAGCCAAGCAAGUCAUUGACUUGGCUCACAAGGUAAGUGCUAAAAGCUUCACAGCUGAAAUGAACCGUAACCAGAGUGCUUAUACUCAUAAAGAGAUUGCUUCCACUACCCCAGUUCCAGUUCCUAGUCCUGUGAAAACAGCAGCACCAGAGCCUAUCCAGACCCACAAGUCCUCUUUAGCUUGCGAACUCCCAAUUGCUAGAAGAGCUUCACUUCAUCGUUUCCUUGAGAAGAGAAAGGAUAGGAUUUCGUCAAAGGCACCGUACCAGAUAGACGGUUCAACCGAAGCAUCUUCCAAGCCUAACACAGCUUGGCUCGGUUCCCAGUAAAUCUCUCUGAAAGAUCCUUUUGUUGAUGCUCCCAUCGUUUUACUAAUAUAUACUGAUUUUUCACUCCUAGUGGGUUUGUUUGUUCAAUGCGCCGAAAAAAACUCAGUAUAUCAGUAUGAAACUAAUCCUUAUAGUUUUGCUAUUUUUUGGGUUUAAAGCCAUUGUGUUAUAUAGACCUUUUACCUCUGCUGUUCUCAGAUCAUUGGCUUGCAACUUUUGUAAGAAACAUCAGUUUCUUGUUUUUUUUUGGUUGUUGUUGUUGACGGCACCUUAUUAAUAUCAUCUUUACUUUAAUUAA